AUGACCAGAAGGCGAGAUUCCUGGAAUCUAUUGAUACAUUCAGCUUCUUUGUCUUCAUUGCCUUGGGUGGUUUUGGGCGAUUUCAAUGAUUUGCUGUGGUUGGAAGAUAAGAGAGGUGGUGUUUAUCAUCCGCAAUCUUUGAUGCAGGGGUUUCGGGACACUGUAGCGAGAUUGUGGAAAACGUUCGGACCAUUGGGUGCAAGAGAGGCUGGAUAUAGGGCUCUUGCUACUAAUUUUUGGCUUGAGUUGUUUCCUUCUUUUAAGCUGCAUAACUUGACGAGUUCUACUCUGGACCACACGCCUUUGCUGCUGGUUACUAACUCAAGUAAGUGGAUGGGUCAGGUUCAGCGUUUUAGGUUCGAGAAUAGCUGGCUGUUACAUUCUUAUAUAGCUGAUGUUAUUGAUGAUAGUUGGCAGUCUUCGGUUCAUGAAGAUAUUCUUCAUAGGAUUCAGUUAUGUGGGAAUUGCUUAUGGGGUUGGAGCAAGACAAAAACAGUGGAUUUUAAAGCUGAAUCAAUGAAUACGGUGUUGGCACAUGAGGAGUUAUAUUGGAAACAACGGGCUACAAACUUCUGGUUGUGUGAUGGGGAUGCCAAUACAAGGUUCUUUCAUUUACAAGCCUCUGCACGGAAGCGUAAUUACUUUAUUCAUGGUCUGCGGAAUGAUUUGGGGGAGUGGAUUGACGUCCUAUCUGGUAUGGGUUCUCUUAUUUAUGAUUAUUUUCAUAAUCUAUUUUCGGCUUCUUUAGCGAAUUAUGGAGUCACUAGCCUUGUUUCUACUAAGGUGUCAUCAGAGGAUAAACAUUUUUUAUUGGCUCCAUUUGAGCAUGAUGAAUUUAGGAGGGCGCUGUUUCAGACGCACCCGGAUAAAGCUUCAGGUCCGGAUGGUAUGAACCUAGCUUUCUUUCAGAAAUUCUGGAAUUUAAUUGGAGAUUUGGUGGUGUCUAGUUAUAAGGCGUGGCUAGCAAGUAAUGUUUUUCCUGUUUCAUUAAAUGAGACGAUCAUAGAGUUGAUACCUAAAAAAGAGAAUCCUAGUACUGUUAGAGAUUUGAGGCCUAUUUCGUUGUGUAACGUUCUUUAUAAAAUUAUCUCUAAGGUUUUAACUAACCGUUUGAAACUUCUGUUGCGAAGGAUUAUUUCUUUGUCACAAUCUGCUUUUGUUCCUGGUCGUUUAAUCACGGAUAAUGUCAUGGUGGCGUUUCAAAUUAUUCACCAUAUGAAGCGUAAGACGAGGGGCAAUAAGGGUAAGGCAGCGCUGAAAAUUGAUAUUAGUAAAGCCUAUGACGGGGUGGACUGGAACUAUUUGAGACAUAUUGUGCUUCGUUUGGGUUUUGAUGGAAGAUGGGUUGAUCUCAUUAUGCAGUGUGUAACUUCUGUGACUUAUAAAGUGGCUAUUAAUGGGUCUGAGAUUGGGCCUAUAGUUCCUCAACCUGGCUUAUGCUUUUUCUUCUUCAAAGCAUCGUCUGUGGAGGCUUCCAAUGUGCGAAAUAUUUUAACAUUGUAUGAGCAAGCUUCUGGUCAAGCUAUCAACUUUCAGAAGUCAGGGAAGAAUAAGAGACAGGGAUGGCAGUUAAUUGUCAAUCCAAUUAUACUUCUAGGAAGGAUCAUUAAAGCUAAAUAUUUUUUGAGGGAUGAUUUUUUACAUGCUCAAGAGGGAUUUAAUCCUAGUUUUGCUUGGAAGAGUCUAUUGCAUGCUCAAGAUGUGUUAAAGAGAGGAAUUAGAUGGAGGGUGGGGAAUGGGAGAAGAAUUAAUGUGUGGAGCGAUCCAUGGCUGCCUAGAGGACAUAAUUUUUAUUUAGAUACUCCUAUGGUGAAUGGUCUUGAAGAGCUUACAGUCCACAAUUUAAUUAAAGUCAAUGAGCAGCGUUGGGAUUUUCCUACUUUGCAAGGUAUUUUUGUUCCUUCGAAUGUUGAGGAAAUAAUGAAAAUUCCAGUCACUUUAUUGCCUCAUGCUGAUCAAAAAAUUUGGCAUUGGUCUAAGAAGGGUGUUUACAUAGUGAAAUCUGCUUAUCAUUUGCUGAUGGGCAAUAACCUUUUUUUGCCUGCUACAUUGUUGACUUUUGAAUGGAAGAAGUUAUAG